AGAGUUUCUACAUACCAAGGAUAUUUUGUCAAUGGCUUCAAAUUUCAUACAGUUGCUUAUGGCUCUAAGAAAUCAACGGAUAAUAGUGGAUUGUGCGUUAAGGGAUCAGUGGAUUACUAUGGUCGUUUGUCAGAGGUUGUUGUUUUAGAAUAUCCUGGGCUGCCAAAGAAAACAACAACAUUGUUCAAAUGUGAGUGGUUCGACCCUGAAAUUGGAAGUGGAACUGAAGUUGACCUUAACUUCAAUUUGGUUUCAGUCAACAAAAAUCGUCGUUAUUCCAAAUAUGAACCCUUUAUCCUUGCCGAUCAAGCUAUACAAGUUUAUUAUUCCUCUUUUCCUAGUAAAAAUAACAAUAGAAGGAAUUGGUUGGCUGCUUGUAAAGUGAAAGCAAGACCAGUUGUUGAAGUUUCCACAACUGAAAUUCCAACAACAUCUUUGCCGUUUCAAGAGGAAGACAUAGGCAGAAUAUCUCCAACGACUAUAGAUGACAUCCCAACAAUUAUUCACCCACUUGGAGGCGAGGUGGAGAUAGAUGACGAUGAAGAUGAUGAAAUUAACAAUGAAGACAUUCCUUUAGACUCACCCGAGUCUUCAAAUUCUGAUUCUGAUUGAGUAAAUAUAUUUGUCAACUUAUGUAUUUAAUGUAGUCUACAAUCCUUAUUGGAACUAAUGAAUUAAUCACUUCAAAUUAUCAUAUAGAUGUCUACUUCUGGCCGAUCCGGAUCUACGCAUUCGACCGACGAUGCGGAUGUGUCCGAGACGCUGCCCACGGGGGCUAUACCGACUGGUGUUGCUAAGGAUGGGCGCAUAUGGGUGCAUCUUCAUGGCAGUGUUUUGAGGCCGAGUGGACCUAUUCGGGCUAGGGCUACUGAUAGCUUCCAAGGUAUGCCAGAUGCAAGUGGCACGAAUUGGAAGAAUUUGACUGAGGAGAUGAAGGACUUGUACUUCGACGAAUUUGUGAAAGCAUUUUGUUGGCAACAAGAUAAAUAUACCAGACACCAAAUUAAGAAGGCGUGGAUCUCAGAGGCUCGAGUAGCAUAUAAGGAUUACAUUUCUGCAUGCAAGAAAACCCUCCUACUACACAAGAAGAAGAUUGAAUCUCUCAAUCCUAUUGUUGAGGCUGCUUGGAGGGCUUAUUGGGCAUUGCCUGAAACUCAGGCAAGGUCUGCACAGGCGUCUAAGAAUCGCCGUUCUGAGCCUUGCGGUGUUGGUACAGGGAUGGCUAUUCAUCAUGGCGGGUCGCGUAGCGCUCUGGAUCAUGCUGAGCAUCUGGCUCGGGAGAGCAAUAUCCCUUUUGACGCGGCGUCUUGGGCUACCUUUCGACGUAUCCAUUUUAAGAAUGGACAGUAUACCGCCGGACGACCUGCGCAGCACGGGUUGGAGGUCGAGAGGCGAGUGGCAGAGCUGCGUGAGAUACAGGGAGAGGUCACACCCGCCGACGUGGAUCGCAUCUUCCGAGAGGUAGUCACUCCUGAUCCGAAGGGGCGCAUCAUGGGAUUAGGUAUGAUGAUGUCGAAGGCGCUUACUUCAGGCGACGGCGAGUCGAGCACCUCCACCAGCACCUCACACUUCGAUGCUCCUUCAAAGGCUGAGUUUACCACUUUGAGGGAGGAUCUUGACACCACAGCGAGUGCUCUGACCAGAGCAGUGCAGGAGAUAGAGGCCAGGAGACAUAGAGAGGAGGAGCAGGCUAGGACUAUACAGGAGAUGCAGUCCCAGAUCGCGUUGCUCAUGCGAGGAUUUCGACCAUCCACCCCUUCUGAUGAGACUCACCCAGACCUUUGAUUAUGCUGACUAUGUUUUGAUGUACUUUUUUAUGCUUUGAAUACUGAAUUUCUGUUUUUGUUGAUAUUUUCUAGGAUUUUCUACUUUGUUAUGGGAUGAUUAUUUGUUUUUA